CUAAAGGAUCCGGUGUACCCCCAGAUAUAGGAUUCCUUCCUUCCAAAUUUCCCGGCUCGAAUACGCUGCAUCUCCUCUCGGACGAGUCAGGAAUUUAUCCUGCUCCUGAAUCAUCUGUUUUUCCAGCUUACAGAGAGGAGGACACGAUGUAUGGAGGUUUUCCUUCCCGAACGCAGAAGCUCUAAGGAACUUUCGUUUCCCGGAACCGAAUAGCUGUUUCCCGACGGAGCUCUCAUGGAGAACACCCCGGGGCAAGAUGGCGGUCUGGCCGCGGCCGCUGCCCCGGGUCUGGUACAGCUCGGCAGUUUGGGGCUGAAGCUGUGGUCACUGCGGCCCCGACCUCUAGCACCGGGGCCUCGAGCGGAUAAAGGUCUAUGGCCUGCGGUGUCCUGGAUGACUAAAUCGAGAUACAAGAGGGGCAAAUUUUCAUCUAAUCCUUUUAGUAACUCUAGGAGCCUUUCCUUUGAUCUUCCAAGACAUUUAUCAGAGCAGGUCCUCAGCUGAGCGCUCCAGACUUCCACUGCUGGGGCAGAGUGAACGAUCCAGAAGACCACUGCCUUUCUCUCACCUGUCUUCUCACGCUCCCUCCAGGGCUCGUGCAAGUUUGCAGACAUGUUCACUGUUUCUCAGACCUCGAGGGCAUGGUUCAUUGAUCGAGCCCGUCAGGCUCGAGAGGAAAGGCUGGUGCAGAAAGAGCGGGAGCGGGCAGCCGUGGACAUUCAGGCCCAUGUGCGGAGUUUUCUCUGUCGGCGUCGACUGCAAAGAGAAAUCAGGAGAGAAAUUGAUGAGUUUUUAAAAGCAGAUGACUCUGGGUCCAGUAAAAGAAGUGCACUUUGUAUUUUUAAGAUUGCCAGGAAACUGCUGUUCUUGUUCAGAAUUAAAGAGGAUAAUGAGAGAUUUGAGAAGUUGUGUCGCUGCAUCCUGAGCAGCAUGGAGGCUGAGAACGAACCGAAGGCAUGGUACGUGUCCCUGGCUCUCUCCAAGGAUCUCACCCUCCUGUGGAUUAAACAGAUCAAAGACAUUUUGUGGUAUUGCUGUGAGUUUCUUAAGCAGCUCAAGCCUGAAAUUUUACAAGACUCCAAACUCAUCACACUGUACCUCACAAUGCUUGUCACCUUCACAGACACUUCAACAUGGAAAAUUCUCCGGGGAAAAGGUGAGAGUCUUCGACCAGCCAUGAACCACAUUUGUGCAAAUAUAAUGGGCCAUCUCAACCAGCAUGGAUUUUAUUCUGUACUUCAGGUAUUGUUAACCCGUGGCCUGGCGAGACCCCGGCCUUGUCUGUCCAAAGGCACUUUAACAGCAGCCUUUUCUCUAGCAUUGCGACCUGUGAUUGCCGCCCAGUUUUCAGACAAUCUGCUACGGCCGUUCCUCAUCCACAUCGUGUCUGUGCCGGCUCUCGUGACUCAUCUCAGCACGGUGACCCCUGAGCGCCUCACUGUUUUAGAAUCUCAUGACAUGCUCCAUAAAUUCAUCACAUUUUUAAGAGACGAGGAUCGAUGCCGUGAUGUGUGUGAAAGUCUAGAAGGAUGCCACACACUUUGUCUCAUGGGCAACCUCCUGCACUUGGGCUCCCUCAGCCCCAGAGUGCUAGAGGAGGAGACGGACGGGUUUGUGAGUUUGCUCACCCAGAUGCUGUGCUACUGUCAGAAGUAUGUUUCCCAGAAGAAAUCCAACCUGACCCACUGGCACCCUGUCCUUGGCUGGUUCUCCCAGUCCGUGGACUAUGGCCUCAACGAGUCCAUGCCCUUGAUCACCAAACAGCUGCAGUUCCUGUGGGGGGUGCCUCUGAUCCGCAUCUUCUUCAGUGACAUCCUGAGUAAGAAGCUGCUGGAGAACCUGGAGCCAGCCCACGUACCACCGGCAUCGUCCCCGCAGAACGUGCUGCCCGUGAAGACUCUCCUGAAGCGUGCAUUUCAGAAGUCUGCAUCAGUUCGAAAUAUCCUCAGGCCCGUCGGGGGUAAACGUGUGGAUUCUGCAGAGGUACAGAAGGUCUGCAACAUCUGCGUCCUCUACCAGACCUCGCUGACGACACUAACCCAGAUCCGGCUGCAGAUACUCACAGGUCUCACUUACCUUGAUGACCUGCUGCCCAAACUGUGGGCCUUUAUCUGUGAGCUGGGGCCCCACGGAGGGUUAAAGCUCUUCUUGGAAUGCCUCAACAAUGACACUGAAGAGUCUAAGCAGCUCUUGGCCAUGCUGAUGCUGUUCUGUGACUGUUCCCGGCACCUCAUCACGAUCCUUGAUGACAUUGAAGUUUAUGAAGAACAGAUUUCAUUCAAACUGGAAGAGCUGGUCACCAUCUCCUCUUUUCUGAAUUCCUUUGUCUUUAAGAUGAUCUGGGAUGGAAUUGUAGAGAAUGCCAAGGGCGAGACCCUGGAGCUGUUCCAGUCUGUUCACGGGUGGCUGAUGGUGCUCUACGAGCGGGACUGCCGGCGGCGCUUCGCCCCCGAGGACCACUGGCUGCGGAAGGAUCUCAAGCCUAGUGUGCUCUUCCAAGAACUUGACAAGGACAGAAAGCGGGCCCAGCUGAUCCUGCAGUACAUCCCGCAUGUCAUUCCUCACAAAAACAGAGUUCUCCUGUUCCGAACCAUGGUGACCAAGGAGAAGGAGAAACUGGGGCUUGUGGAAACCAGCUCCGCCUCGCCUCAUGUCACACACAUUACCAUCCGCCGGUCCCGGAUGUUGGAGGACGGCUACGAGCAGCUCCGGCAGCUCUCCCAGCACGCCAUGAAGGGCGUCAUCCGCGUGAAGUUUGUCAAUGACCUUGGGGUGGACGAGGCGGGGAUUGAUCAAGACGGCGUUUUCAAGGAGUUCUUGGAAGAGAUCAUCAAGAGGGUGUUCGACCCAGCGCUCAAUCUGUUCAAGACGACCAGUGGGGACGAGAGACUCUACCCUUCGCCCACAUCCUACAUCCAUGAGAAUUACCUGCAGCUCUUUGAGUUUGUGGGCAAGAUGCUGGGGAAGGCUGUGUACGAGGGAAUUGUGGUAGACGUACCCUUCGCAUCCUUCUUCCUGAGCCAGCUGCUCGGGCACCACCACAGCAUCUUCUACAGCUCUGUGGAUGAGCUGCCUUCUCUGGAUUCCGAGUUCUAUAAAAACCUUACUUCCAUCAAGCGGUACGAUGGGGACAUCGCUGACCUGGGCCUGACACUGUCAUACGACGAGGAUGUCAUGGGUCAGCUUGUUUGCCAUGAACUGAUUCCUGGAGGGAAGACCAUUCCUGUUACAAAUGAAAAUAAAAUAAGCUACAUCCAUCUGAUGGCCCACUUUCGGAUGCACACCCAAAUCAAGAACCAGACAGCUGCCCUCAUUAGCGGAUUCCGUUCCAUCAUCAAACCUGAGUGGACCCGGAUGUUUUCGACCCCUGAACUACAGCGACUCAUUUCAGGAGACAAUGCUGAGAUCGAUCUGGAAGAUUUAAAGAAGCACACGGUGUACUGUGGCGGUUUCCAUGGAAGCCACAGGGUCAUUAUCUGGCUCUGGGAUAUCCUGGCCUCUGACUUCACACCCGAUGAAAGAGCCAUGUUUCUGAAGUUUGUGACCAGCUGCUCCAGGCCCCCGCUCCUGGGCUUCGCCUACCUCAAGCCUCCCUUCUCCAUCCGCUGUGUCGAAGUGUCCGAUGAUCAGGACACUGGGGACACCCUGGGCAGCGUCCUCCGCGGCUUCUUCACCAUCCGCAAGCGGGAGCCGGGCGGCCGCCUGCCCACUUCCUCCACCUGCUUCAACCUGCUGAAGCUGCCCAACUACAGCAAGAAGAGCGUCCUCCGGGAGAAGCUGCGCUAUGCCAUCAGCAUGAACACGGGCUUCGAGCUCUCCUAGCUCCUGCCUCAGCUCGCCGCCUGCCCUCACAGACUCCCGGCUGCCAGGGACCCUUGCCUGGGAGGUGACAUUUCCCCUGGGAGUGAGAUGGACAUGCCAGGGGGUGGCAGCCCCCAGACCCUCUCUACAGCCAUGAGACUCCCCUGUGGCCUCAAGAACUUUGUGGAUGCAUAUGAUGACGCUCCACAGCCUUCCCCGAGUGACACUAGCGGGAAGGGGGUGUUGAGAAUAAACCUCCAGAUUCCGCCAGCCUUGGUCCUUCUUUCCUGCCCUCCAGUGGCCUGAAGCCCAGGCCUGUGGUAACAGCAGGGCUUCUCUUUUUGAUAGUUUGAUCUUUUUGUGAGUGUUUUUGUUCUUAACUUUCUGAGUGAGCUGUGCAUGAACAAGUCCCAGGAACUCCAAGAUUCCAGAGUGGUUUUCAGGACUUGGGCCCGAGGGCAAGCAGCCAACCAAGCGUGAGAUGCUCUCCUUCCAUUUCUGAAAACUCUUUACUCAGGUAAGGCCUCGCCAAGCCUCUCUGCACCCUCCGUCCCGGCCACCGCAGCCUCUCUCCAGACGGCCAGGUCCACCUGUCCCCACCGCGGCUGAGGCACCUGCUGGGGGCCAUGGAGCACGGGAAGUUCGGGGCGCUGCUCCCACCGCAGAGCCACACAUUCCACGUGGCAGUGGUCCCCCCGUCCCCUCAGCUGCCCAAGUCCUCGGCACAGGCUGCCAGUGAGCCUCCACCAUCUUGGGCACUCACGUUGGCAUCCUGGGCUUGGGAGAAAAACCCUGUUGGCCCUUAAGGGCAGCUCCAUUUCCAGAAGGCCCUGGCCGUUACUCAAAGCCAGUCGAUUCCCGAGGCUGCACGUGCUCACAGCAGCUUUCCCCUGCUUGUUGGCUGCGCUUGCUGUCUAGGAAGGAACAAACACCAGCGGAAGGAACCUGUCCCGCCUGGGCAGUGGCUUUACUCCGUAGAUUGUAAAAGUCCCCAGAACCCUGAGUUUUGCUUCCCGCCCCUCCUCAGAACCAGGAACCCUUUGCACUGACAGAGGCUCAUGGGCCCUCUGGGUUGGGUUUUUAGUUUUUUUACUUCAUUUUCUCUUCCAACCCAUUGUGCUCUUCGGCCACCAUUCUUCACCUUUAUCACGAGAACUGUACUCUAAACCCAGGGAAUUGAGGCAGAGGCCAUGUUAGUGGUCUGUGUUGACAGCCGUCCACCCUCACCCACCUCAUCACACUCUGGUGCGUCCCCACUACCCAGAUUGAAGCCAGACCAGAGGCCAGGAGUGCCCGAUCGAUCCCUCCUCUGCCCUGUGGAGCCAGCAGAGGGCUCGCAGCUCUCUUCCUGGCAGCAGAACCCCUUCCAGAAAGGACCGUCAUGUUGGCGGCAUAGCAGGCAGGCCCUGUUUCCAUGGCGUCCGGCAGAGGGUUUUGGCCAGGUGCUGGCAUCCUGCCCAGGCCCAAGCCAGUGAUGUUAGAGCCCCAGGCUUCUAGAAAACAGUGUGUGCUUCACCUUGAUGGAAAAAUGGCCAGGAAUUUAAAGACAGACAGGUCUUAUAAUUGUUAUUUAAGAUAGUUGGUAACCUCUGAUUCUGUGGACUUGCCACUAUCUGUAAACAGUCGAUUCCUCUGAAAAUGUCUUCUGAACACGUGUGUCAUGCACUGGGCAGGGUGGUAUGUUUAUGCUGGUGCCCAGAUGAUUGUCAGCGUGCACAGAGAGGUUGGAUCUCAUCAUGAUUGUUAUUCCCUAAGAAUCAGUGAGUGUGGGAUCGCAGAGAGCGUGGCUUCUAAGCACCACCAACAACUUUGCGCUUUUGAUGGGGAGGGGUAGUUUUUACCUUCACUGAACUUCUCUUCAACAGCUGGAAGAUUGCACUGUCGAAAACACUGAAUCUGUACUUUUCUAGCUGGUGUUCAUGGACACCACGGUGGCUCUUGAUGGCUUUAAAAAGUUGUGGGGACGCAUUGUUUGUUUUCAUAGAUAACUUAUGGAUUAAAACGUGAUCAAAGGCUUUAUUAAAUUUGUACUUCAGCACA